ACUGCGGUGUUGUUAGUUUGAACAAAAUGGCUGCGACGCCACUGUCAACGAGAGCUCAGUGAAUACGCCUACCAGGACUGUCCGCUCCGCUGUCCGGAUCCACACAGAAUGUAUUUCCCCGGAGUCGCUUCUCACCUCGCACCCGCGGUAGCCAGCGCGUCGCUACUCGUCCGGCUGGCGACAUAAACAAAACAAAAAAACAUUUCUUUUUUGCACUUUAAAACAAGUUGGCUGACGGCGGCUCGCUCCAAUACGAGACAACUCAGCGGCGUUUUUUUUAUUAUUAUUAUUAAUACCGAGAACCGCCUGAAUUCUCCGGUUUGCAAAAAAAAACCUCGCGACGGUCGACGAUUCUCAGCGUCAACCAGCUAACGUUAGCUUAAAUUAGCUGCUUUUAAAAGUCAUUUUAUGCGUGUUGGUUUAUUUUUGUGUUUGUGUUAUUAGUGGUGCUCCGUGUCCCCUCCCCGCCCCCUUUAUAUCGUGACGUUUUACAGAUUCCUUGCGAGUGUAAUUUCUCUGCGUAUUUUUUUAUUUUUCCUGCUCCAAGCAUAUUCAUCACCGUGCUCGCUGUGUGUUAACGUUAUAUCUGGCUCAGGAGCCGCUGUUUACCUCGGUCUCCUGUCACCAGUCGGCUUGUACCUGCAAAGUCUUGACUUCAAAAAUACGAACCGCGACUGAAUCUCCAAUGCUCCAUCUUUUUUACGGGUAACUUCAGAAAAGACAUCGGAGGAUGCUUUUCUGCGUCUGUUUUUCUGCCAUGCACCGACUCCUCACCGAAAGCUGCCAAAGCUGUGGUUAACGCGAGUGAGGUGAUGAAAUGAAAAAUGUGCACGAGCAGCAGUGCUGAGAGAAGCUAGCGACAGAAGAAAGAGAACCAUUUGAUGGAAGAAAAGAAAAAGAAAAAACAAGAAGAAAAGACCAAGAAAGACACCGCUCAGAAAAAGGCUGCUGAUCAGAAACCCAAAGUGCCAGAGCCUGCUCCCACUAAGCCCAGCCCCGGCCCACCCCACCACCUCCACCCUGCCAGCCUCACGCUGCCCCUCUCCUCUUCCUCCUCUUCUUCUUCUGGCAAUGGCAAGCACACCUCCUCCAGUAGCCAGCUCCCGACUCAGACUCCCCCUCUGCAGCAGUGCCAGUUGUCCUCUGCCAGUGCUCGCUACCCGCCCAGAGAGGUGCCCCCGCGCUUCCGCCAGCAGGAGCACAAGCAGCUACUGAAGAGAGGCCAGCCACUGCCUGCAGGAGCCCUCAGCGCUCUGACCCUCUCCUCCUCUUCCACCUCCUCAUCUUACUCCUUUUCUACGAGUACAAGCAGCACUACCCCAAACUCUGCCACGUCCACUGCGGGCAAACGCCACCCAGACAUAUCCCUCCAGAGUGGCUCUGGUGCCCAGUAUGAGACCUCUCGUUGGGGAGCCUCUUUGCCAGUUGAAAGCCCCACCAGUGCCAACAGCUGGGACAAAGUGAUUAUUGACGAAAGUGACAAAGAAGCUUGGACCUACAUCAGCCACAAUAGUGACCCCAACCACUCUGCAGCACCAGAAUGCCCCUUAGGCUCAGCUGGCUCUAACCUAGACACCAGUGCUAUCACUACCACCAAUAGUAGUUGUUUUCUGAGUAUGGCCACAGGUGCCGCCGGCCAGCAGGCCCACUACACCUCUCUCAAAGCUAACAAUAAUAUGAUGACGGGACCUGGGUCAGCCAACACACUAGCUGGUAAUAGAGGCUGGGGCUCUGAUGUGAAACAAGAAAGUAUGAAUGGAGGUCGAGUAGGUGCACCCAAUAACUGGGGCUCUCCCAAUUUUAACUUGAAUCUCAAUCCCAAUGCCAACCCAUCAGCAUGGCCUGUGCUGGGCCAUGAAGGUGGUGGCCCCAAUGGAGUCUCUAACUCUGCAUCUCUCCCACCAGGUAUUAAUGGCAAUGGAAACAUGGGAAAUGGGAGCCUAGGAGGUACUGAUAAUGGUGGGGGAGGUUGGGUUGGCAUGCUAAGUCCCAAUGAAAAUGAUCAACGCCCUUCAUGCAACACAAGCUUGUCCUUCAAUAUGGAACCUCCAAACCUUAACACUGAUGGACCAAACCACACUAAGCAACAACAGCAAGUUCAGGAGCCUAUGAGCCCUAUCCACGGCUUAACUGGCUGGGGAGGCCAAUCACCCACCGAAUCAUCCCAGCUCAAUGGGGACACAACAAGCACCUCUUUAUGGGGUGGUGGAGAAACAAAGGCAGCUGACUCUCCCAAGGACUCAGGCUGGGACUCAAAUCCUUCAAGAGGUCAUUCUGCCUGGGGCCGCCAAGGCAGUGGUGGAGGGAGUAGUGGAAGUGGUGGCUGGGGUGACUGGGGGAAAUCUGCUGGGGGUGGAGAUGGAUCUAAAGGCUGGGACUCAGUAGAUGCUGGUAGUUCAGGUUCAGGCCAAGAGCAGCCACCUAGUUCAUGGGGCCAGCAGCCUGGAACAGCACCAGCAAGUGAUGGUAGUGGAGACAGCAGUGAAGGUAGAUCCCAACAUAGAGACAGGUCCUCAAGCAUGGAGUUAACCCCUGUGCCACCCCGACAGGACCUGGACCCUAGGGUGCUGAGCAACACGGGUUGGGGACAGACCCCCAUUCGACAGCACACUGUAUGGGAGAUGGAAGAAGCCAGUUCUGAUGAUGGCAAGAGCAACAGCAGCUCUGUAGGAGGCUCCAGCUCUAAUGGUGGACCUUCAUCCACCAAUGGAGGUACCAUUAAUCCCAACAUUGGCUCUAGUCAGCGGCCUGGGUCUGGGGGAAGAAGUGACAAAGGAGAAUCAUCAUCCUCUGGUUGGGGAGCCCCUCCACCUCAGCCAAUCCAGACUGGAUCAGGAUGGGGAGAACCUCCACAGUCACUUAGCAAAGCCCCAAAUGGCACUACAAAUAACUGGGGAGAACCUUUGCCCACAAAUGGUCAUAAAAGUGGGGGCACACCGUCCUGGGGUUCUGAGGACAAGUCACCAAAUUGGGAAGAUGGCCCUAAGAAAAGCCAGCCUACUAGCUGGGGUGAAGGCCCCAAAAAUAACCAUGGAUGGGGAAGCAGUAAUGGUGGCUCCAAUGGCCCCAGCACAGGAGACUGGGGAGAAAAAGAGGUAAAAAACAAUGGUCCCUCCAGCAGCACGUGGGAAGGAGAAGGUGGUAAUGCAGGAAAUGGUGGAUGGAAGGAUAGUCCCAGAGGAGGAAAUAGAGGAGGAGGCUGGAGCAAGCCUGCUCCUGCUCCUGCUCCUGCUCCUGCUCCUGCUCCUGCUCCUGCUGUGAGUAAUAGCAGCUGGGGGGAGAACCCACGUUCUAAUGGCCCAGUACAGGGAGGCUGGGGAUCAUCCAAGCCCCAGGAAAGCAGCAGCAGCAGCAGUACUGGCAGUGGAGGAGGAGGCGGCAGCAUUGGUUCUUGGGGUGGUCCUGGUUCUGUGAAACAGAACGCCUCUACCUGGGGCAAUGUCAGCAAACAGGACCAAGUCAAGGAAACCAGUGGCUGGUUAGAGCCCUCCCCUCCCUCCGUCCGUAGGAAGAUGGAGAUUGAUGAUGGAACAUCCACCUGGGGCGAAUCCACUACCUUCAACAAGUCUAACAUGUGGGAUCGCAACAAUCCCAAUAAUGACCCAGGCAACAGCGGCUCAACUCCCAGUAAGAAUGGUGGAAUGAUUAUGCCCAACAAUAACAACAAUCACUCUGUCAGCCCUGGGAACAACAAUCACCAUCAUGCUCACCACGUGCACCACCAUCCCCAUCAUGGCCAACCCCCAACUCACCUGCAACACCAUGGAAACAACAAUGGGUCACCCAACAAUGCCGUCUCACAUCCAGGUGCUGGUCCCCAAGGCAGACCCCCGCUCGCCAACCCAGGUUGGGGAGAGCUUCCCAGUGCUCAGCCCAAGUCUGAGCCUGCUUGGGGAGAGCCAGCAGCUCCAACAUCAAGCGUGGACAAUGGUACCGCUGCCUGGGGCAAGCCCCAAAGGGGAGUAGGAGGGUGGGGAGAUGGCAGUCAUGAGUCCUCUGGACCCUAUGGCAGGGCCAAUGGGCCCCCUGUUUCUACACCCUGCAAGCCAGGCCCUAAACCUAUGCAAGAGGGCUGGGGAAAUGGAGGAGAGGAGAUGGGCAUGUCUACCAGCCAGUGGGACACUGAGGAGGGGGACAUGUGGAACAGCCCCACCUCCCAGGAGAGCAGCUCCUCGUGCAACUCUUGGGGCAAUGGACCCAAGAAAGGCCCAAGCAAGGGGAAGAUGGGCAACAAGCCAGAUGAGGCUUGGAUCAUGAAUCGUCUCAUCAAGCAGCUCACUGACAUGGGCUUUCCGAGAGACCCUGCUGAGGAGGCUUUAAAGAGCAACAACAUGAACCUUGACCAGGCCAUGAGCGCCCUGUUGGAGAAGAAGACGGACCUGGACAAGAGGGGUAUGGGCAUGUCUGACUACAGCAACGGCAUGAACAAGCCAAUGGUGUGUCGGCCCUCAGCACUCUCCAAAGACCCCUGUGACCGCACCACCUUUCUCGACAAGGAUGGAAUUCUGUCAGACGACGCCUCCCCAUCACCGUUUCUGCCUUCCCCCAGCCUGAAACUCCCCCUGGCCAAUAGUAGCCUUCCUGGGCAGGGUCUGGGACAGGGCAACCCGGGGCUGGCCAUGCAAAACUUGAACAACAGACAACAGAUACCCAGUGGAAUGUUUGGCAGUAGUGGAGCAGCACAAACCCGGGCCAUGCAGCAGCAGCAGCAACAACAACAACAGCAGCAGCAGCAGCAGUCUCCUCAGCCACCUGUGCCACCUCUCAGCUCCUCCCAGCCUAGUCUACGUGCUCAAGUGCCUCAGUUUCUCUCCCCUCAGGUCCAAGCACAGCUCUUGCAGUUUGCAGCAAAAAACAUAGGUCUGAACCCUGCACUUUUAACCUCACCAAUAAACCCUCAACAAAUGACCCUGUUGUACCAACUUCAGCAACUGCAAAUGGCGUACCAGCGUUUACAAAUCCAGCAGCAGAUGAUGCAGGCGCAGCGCAAUGUUUCCGGGCCCAUUAGACAACAAGAGCAGCAAGUUGCACGUACAAUCACCAACAUGCAGCAGCAGAUCCAGCAGCACCAGCGUCAGCUGUACCAGGCGCUGCUGAUGAAGCAGCAGCAACUUCCCUCUCAUUCCUCCUCCUCUUCCUCCUCCUCUGGUCUGCAUCACCCUGGUGGCCCCACUGGAGGCCAUGGCUCCGGCAAAUCAAGCCUGGACCCCUUCACAAGCUCACACCAGGCUCCGGGCCUCGUCGACACACUGCACACCAAAGAGCCGCCGUCUUCGCCCAACGCCUACAGCUCCUACUCCCUUUCUGGACUAAAUCCAAACAUGAAUGUAAACUGCAUGGAGGUUGGGGGUCUGUCCCUGAAGGAGCCCCCUCAGCCCCAAUCCCGCCUGUCCCAGUGGACACACUCCAACUCCAUGGACUCUGGCAACUCCUCAAACAUGGAGAACAACCUCAAUAAGCAUGGUGCCAUAUCUGCUGCCUCCAAUCUGGGCCCCCCUGGGAAGCCCCCCCAGCUAGAGGACUCCUACAGCCCUUACAAUCUUAUGUCCAGCUCUGACUCCCCCACCAGCCCCCUGGUACCCCCUGACAGUUGGGGCCAGGGCAAGAGCCCCAAUGAAAAGAUCACCAAUGGAACCAACAUUAACUGGCCCCCAGAGUUCUGCCCAGGUGUCCCAUGGAAGGGCCUUCAGAACAUCGACCCCGAAAAUGACCCCAACAUGACUCCCGGCAGCGUCCCCAGCGGUCCCACCAUCAACACCAACAUCCAUGAUGUCAACCGAUACCUGCUGCGGGACAGAAAUGGAGGUAAACUCUCUGACAUGAAGUCCACCUGGUCCCAAGGGCCCAUCUCACAGAGCCAAGGCUCACUGUCCCAUGAGCUGUGGAAAGUCCCCCAGGGGCCACGCAGCUCUGUAGCUCCUUCCAGACCCCCACCAGGCCUCACCAACAGCAAGCCCUCCUCUACCUGGGGCGGCAACUCGCUGGGCCUGGCCCAAGGCUGGAGCAGCUCCUACACCUCCGAGGGAACCACCUGGAGUACUGACAGCCCCGCCAGGACAAGCAGCUGGCUGGUGCUGAGGAAUCUCACUCCACAAAUUGAUGGUUCAACUCUGCGGACCCUGUGCAUGCAGCACGGCCCCCUGAUCACAUUCCACCUCAACCUGACCCAGGGAAACGCCGUGGUACGCUACAGCUCCAAGGAUGAGGCCGCCAAGGCCCAGAAGUCUCUGCACAUGUGCGUGCUUGGAAACACCACUAUCCUUGCGGAGUUUGCCGGCGAGGAGGAGGUGAACCGCUUCUUUGCACAAGGUCAGUCACUAGCGGCAAACACCACUAGCUGGCAGACCAACCCGGGAACCAAUCAAAACCGAAUGGGCGGAGCACCGCAGUCCCACUCCAUUGGCCAGUGGAGCAGCGGUGGCAGCAAGGCCAGCGGCAACGAUCUGCUGUGGGGCGGGGUGCCUCACUACUCCAGCCUUUGGGGACCGCCGAGCGGAGAGGACCCCCGCGUGAUCGGGAGCCCUACCUCCAUCAACACCCUGCUGCCUGGAGAUCUACUGAGUGGGGAGUCCAUGUAGGAUGAUGCCACGAUACACUAACCGACCGACCACCGUGUCAUGUAAGCCAAUCGGUGGUGGGUGAGGUGGCAAAAAAAUACAAAACAAACAAAAAAAUUUGUGAACAGGAGCAAAACCCAAGCAAAUCAUGUGGCGAUAAUCAGUAUCAAUUUGAACUGUUUUGAACUGUGAAUUGUGAUUCAGAAGGAAGGGGGUCCCUACCACAGACUGCAGACUCCACUCCUUCUGUUUUACUUUUAUCCUUCUUUUUUUAUUUCUUUUCUUUUUUUUAUGGAAAGACGGCAAGUUGUUUUCCUUUUGGUAUUUUUGAAAUGCGUCAUAUAAAACAAACUGAAAUGAGACACAACACAAAGAAACCUUUUAAGUAUUUUUAGUUUUUCCAUAAGUAUACAUGACAUUCUGUGUGAAGUGUUUUUAGGAGAAGCAAUCAAAGCUGCCAUCUGAGACUUUCCUUUUCCCUCCAAAAAAAGAAAACAAAUCAUCCCAAAAUAAGACUUAAAACGACCAUUCCCAACAUGUCCAUGGCCAAUGAUGUGGUUCGAAGACCUUUACUAGUUGUGUUAACGUUGUUUUCUCAGCACUAAUAUUAGCCUUAAGUGCUCUCUGGCCCAGGUCCUUCCCAUGUUUGUUUUGUAACUGAAGAAAUAGCUGAAAUCUUGCACAGUUUCACCUCUGAGCCAGCAAGUGGUACAGGACACAAUUGGUGACCAACUGUCACUGGGCAGUUAGAAGGCCUGGCCAUGUGACUGGCCCUGCCAAUCAUCAGCUUAAUGAUUUUAAUUUGUCUUCUCAAAGGAAUUGCUCAGCUAUUAAAUGUUCUUUUUUUUUUUAUUAGGUUUAGACCCAAGCGCAUUUUUGAUAUCUGUCCCAACAUAUAAGCUGAGAGAAGAUUAUUCGUCAACCUUGUCUCUGUUUUCGUACAUGACCUGUGUAUGUCCGGUGGUGUCUGCGAGCCCAGAUCCUUCUGGUCACCUUCAACUUGGAACUCACUGGUGCUUUGUUGAAUUUUCAAUUAUCCAGUUUGUUAUGAAGCCCAGUGGUCUGAAUGAUCAGCAAGUUUUUUGGGGAAAAAAAAUAUACAAUUUCACAUUCAUGACAGUUCAUUGUGCAAUAUACAUGAUAGACUUUUCUUCCGUCCAUACUCGAUGUCCACCGGAGCUGGUUUCUCUUAUAUUUUUUAUUUUCUUUUUUUGAUUGUUGCUGAUUGCAGCAAAAGACUUUGGAACUCAAAAAGAAAUUACCACCUUACCCCCUUUUCACAACUUGGAUUCCCUCCAGGCUGCCAAUCCCCCUGAUACUGUUGGGUAAACUCUGCAAAGAGGAAGAAGCAACUUUUGAACUGUGCAUACAGCAAACUGUACUGAAGAGUGAAACUGGGUACACACACAUGCAUUCUUCCUCUCUGCGUGCCACAGCCACACCCAACAGAGACUGAAUCUACAGUGGGAUUGGAUGGUUCUGGGUAUCUGGCACAAUACCAAAUAAGAGGGGUUUCUCCUAAUGCAGUAAACCUACGAGUGUUCCUUGCGUUUGGUACUGUAUAAACAGAAGAGACUAAGACUUUUAUAAAUUCAAAGGGUUUUAUCAUAGCACUUAUGAAGAGCAAAUCGCUUCAACUGCAAUCCAAUAAAUCAAAAGAAGGAGCAGCAAAAACAUAGAAAACAACAAAAAAAACCUGCUCUUUUAUGUACUGUAUCAACUUCUUGGAAAUGUGUCUGGCGUUGUUCCUCUGGUAGCAGGAUGAAGGGAAACAGAACUGAAAUGUACCAUUGGACUUUUGGGGAGGGGGGGGAAACUGCAGUCUACGAUCCCCCCCUCUUUGAACUUUAUCAAAGUGAAUAUCACUGUUACUCCAAAUGUUUUCGCCUUGUUCUGUUUGGAGACACUAGACAUGCAACGUCAGCUGUCUCUCGACGCCUGCUGGCCCGUCAAGCCAGUCGGUCGGUGGAUGAGUCCGAGUGGGGUGGGGAGGUGGAGUGUCCACUGAGUGCCUCUAUGUUGUGGUCCUCUGGGUGUCAAGCGGCAGCCCCACUUCCUCCCGGGCUCCACUUGACCAGCCCUCAGUCUGGCAAGAAAGCGGCUCCUCCAAGGCUCGGCCAAUCACGGCUCUCUGCCACACACACACACACGUGCAGCAUCUCCAACGGGGGCCCGCCACCACUCAACCCUGCUGUCAUCCUGCCCUCCCCCCUCAUCUCUCAGUUCUUUGACACAAAGAUCACUUUAGCUGGAAGAUGUAAUAGUCAUAUUUCUGGAAUUUUUGCCAGUGUACUCUUUUUUUGAAAAAAAAGGAUGAUUUGACUUUGUUUCCAAUGUGUUCUAUUGUUAUUUUUUUUUGUCUAAAUGCAGUGGUCUACAAUAUACUGGCUGCUGACUAGCCCUUCACUGUUCAUAUGCAGAAACACUUUGGUCAGAGGUGCCUCUGUAUGUUCAUCCUGUGUAUUGAAUGCAAAACGAGGAUCAAUACUACAGACCGUUAUUGAUUGUCUAUUAAUUUUUUUUAAACUGAUCAUGCUUUUGUGUUGGACAGUAUUCUGUAGUACUUCCAGGUAGUACCUUGAGAUGUGUAAAAAAGAAAAAAGAAAAAAAAGGGUUGUGGGUGUUUGUCGCUCCAAGCUGCUCCGCCUGUCCGCAGGCUGUCCCCCCUUACCCUUUGCCUAGCUGCUACGCUAUAACCUCCUCACCUCCACCACCUCAACCAGACCCAGUAGCCCUCCCCCCUGACCAGGCACCAACAGGCCCUCGUAUCUGUUUCUAUGCAAAAGACUAGAGGCUGGGGCCCUUUACAGCACGCCAAACCCGACUCUGGAAUGAGCUUGGCAAACCCUGACACUUGUCCCCGGUGUGCUCCUGUAAGCACUUCGGAAUGGCCACCGUUUCUGUAAAGUCAGGCAAAGCCACCAGAACACUGUCGUAUACUUAAAGUCCGAACACUUUUAUCAAAAGGUCGAACUUUCUCUCUGCGCUGAAGACACUUCUGUCCAGCUUGAUCUCAGGGUUGGGGAGUUGAUGAUACCAAGCACGAGAUGCAGCUCUCCGUAUCUGUCCUUUCUACUGUGAGAGCGAAGUCUUAGAUUUAAAGGCCAUCUGCGCAACAAUCUGUACAGACCUCAUGCCUCGAACUUAAUCCUAAUUGGAGGAGAAAAGGCUUGUAUUCAAUCCUUUUCUCGAAAGGUGGCCUACAGUUACUGUUUGGAGGCCUAUUAUUGCAUGUAAAAGAUGCCAAUGUAACGUGCCAAUAUAAAUUUGCUGUGUCAUACCGUGUCUUUGUAGACAGCACUUCUGUUCCCUACUCGGAGGAGCUUUGAUAACCUUUGCGGAGGGUGCAGCGGGGGACAGGAGGGAACAAACAAAUGGGCGGCAGCAUCACACCCUGAAAUGACUGAGAUUUUUUUUUUUAUGCUUUUGUGGGGAACGCCCCAUGCUAAGGAGAAAGUCUACUCAGUUGGGGGUUCCAGUUUGCUACAGUGCACAGUUGCUGAUGGGUAAUCCCGGGUACAUAUUUUUUUAAAACCAAAAAUGAAAUCGCAUUUUAACGUCAUUUUUAUGAAGUUUGACAUAAAAAUCUUAAAAAUGCUAAAAAAUCUAAAUGAAAAAAAAAAGAUCUAUAAUAUGUUAAAGCUCUGCACUUAUAGCUGAAACGUCUCCGGCCAUCAGCUUCUACUACCACCAUCUAAAAGGGGUAGACUAGUGGCCGGGGUGCCUUUUUUGUGGAUGCUGUAUUUAUCUCGUUUUUAUGUUUGUGUCCUGCUCAAAGUGGGGCCCACUGAACUGUACAUUUCCACAGACCCAGAUGGCUUGGGCCCACUGCAUCAGCCUCGACUCCCCUCACUCUGCAUCAGCAAGAGGGGAGGGGGCACAUUUCAAGAGGUACAAAGUCUUAAAAAUCAUUUAAAGAAAAAAAAUGUUUAAAAAUGUAAAAAAAAAAAUAACAAGAAAACGGGAAAAGGCUACCUUUCAGGACUUGCAGUCCUGCAGCACACAAGCAAAAAUCACUAUUGCCUGUUUCUGUAACUGCCUUGAUCCAAGCUCAGACAGACCCAAUAGCCGAGGACCUCCCAGCAUCCUGUACUAACUGGAGAACCCUGACAGUGAAGGGGGUUUCCCAUGCUGCACCAGCAUCGAGAGGGUCUCCUCUCUACAGCUCUGUUCUAGAUAACAGUAUAUAAUGUAUGUAUACACUACAUAUAUGUAUAUGUAUAUACUGUGAGUGUGGUGUGUAGUAUCACCUCUUCUGACUUCUUGGAUCGUAACCUCUGAAACUUUUCGUUUUUGUUUGAAAAGGUCUUGGUUUGAUACACCUGAAAAUGAGCAAUAUGUAUUUUCCCCGCAAAUAAGUGACACAAAGGAAAGAAUUAGGGUCGGGUGUAAACAGAUACUUGAUUGAUUGAAAGCUGCGUCGUUGUUCCACGGAGUUGGAUAUGCACGUUCUGGUUUUGAUGACAUAAUACAGUACUUUGAAGUGCUCGUACUGUAUAUAUGUGUUUGUUAGUUAGCCCAACCUGAAUCCCCUGGUUUGAUGCAUAUUUUACCCAGUUGAUGAGGGAAAAAAAAAAAUCACAAACAUAUCAAAACAAAACAUCGAACACAAAUACUUGAAUCAUGGAGCGCCAAUAACGUAAUGUGAAGUCAGUAAUUCUUUUUUUUUUGUUCUCUCCGUCUGACAGGUACACUUAGGGGCUUUUUAGAGAAUAUCAAAAAUGUAUUGCAUUAAGUUACGAAUACAAAAUCUCUGAAAAAAAAAAAUGCAAAAGUCAUCUUAGAUGUGUGCUUGAAAGUCAGAUGUUUGUAUGAAUGUGUGCGCACAAGACCGUGCGUACAGGGCACAUGGCCUGCUGUUAUGUUCCACUCAGUAUGUUAUAUUUUGUCUGUUUUUAUCUUUUCAUUUGUGUCGUUACUUUGUCAAAAACUAUUCUGAUAGACGUUAUCUUCUAACGUUGCACUGAGUGUCUUCUACCCCUCACUCAGCUAAUCGUAGGUAAACGAGUCUAAGUACGGAGGGGAGAUGGUGACAAUUCACGUGUACAUGUUUACUCAAGGACUUAAUGGAUUUUUUUGAUUCUAUCUGUAAAAAGUUUAUCUACCUUAUAGUGGCUUUUAUUGUGGAAUAAUCCAGUACAAGGGUUAUCAUUGAGUAUUGCACCAUUUUGUUCCAGUUAUACAAUAAAAAUAAGAAAAAAACAGAAAAGAGAAAAAAAACUACAAAAAAAAGGACAAAAACUUAAAAAUGGGGAAAAAACAAAGAACUGUUGCCAUAGAUAGCUGUAGAAGGACUAGUAAUCCCUAUGUUAACUUCAUGUGGAAAUGGAAAAGGGAUAAAUGUGUGGGAGGUGAGUUUGUUACAAGACUCAUUUCAGAGGUGCCUAUCUUUUCUGUUCUCGUUUUUUUGCAAAAGCCACUUGUCGUUUACAAGCAUUUCAUGUGUCUGAAGUUCAAGGAAAUAGAAAUUUAUAAACAGGAAUGUUGUGUGAAAAACAAAUGAAAAAAGAAAAAGGACAAAUUUCAUCUACCAUCAAAUAUGGACAUGAAAAAACCUUGCAAAAUGAAGAUUUAUGCUACUUUUCAGAACUCUGGGAUUGAUCAGUGUUGUGUCAUAAUUCAGUUUUUGAUUUCUCUUUUUUUUUUCGAUGUGGACAGACUAUCUCUGUGUGUGUUGAGUUGUGAUUUUAUGUUUCCUGUAGGCGACGCCGUUUGCUUACGAUCUUGCACACUCAUUAAAAAAGAUGUGGAUUUUGUCUCAGGAAGGCCAGGGUUCCAGAUCCCAACUCCCAUCAUUUAUAAGUUUGUAUGAAAAAAGAAAAAAACAAGCAACUGAAAACAAUUCAACUCCAAGCAAAGCACUGAAGGUUUAACAGAAUAUAGAGAACCAUUGUUUCUUUAAAACAACAACAAAAAGAUGUUCGUAGCAAGUUACAUAUUUACCAAAUAAGACUGAGAAUCAACUUUGAAAAAAGUGGAGUGCUUUACAUGUGAAAUCUAAGUAGAAAUUGCUUUACAUUUAAACAACGAUCAAUGUUUUGAUUGUCAAAAAGACAGAAGAUGCAUUUGUAUGUUUUGAUGCUGUACUUUUACUUUUCCAUCUCGUAGUUCAGGAGCAUCGUGCAAGAAGUAUUUCUUUCUUUUUUGAAUCAUCUCUCCUCUCUGUUAACACGUCUGCUGCUGUGACAGGUCUCCAGCAGUGGAGAGGUUGAAAGUGGAGGAAUGAAGCUUUUUGUUUCG